AUGCGUCUUGGCGUCUCCCUCGUGAAGCCCCGCCUCUCCUGCCUGCACCGAGCGGCGGUACGCGUUUUCGGCAGCGACGGCAGCGAGGCGCGCGCCAGCGUGCAGCCCCUGCAAGGCCCCAGCAGCGCGCCGCCAGCGGCAGCGGCCGGUGCCGCCGCCGCCUCGGCAGCCGCCGCCAACGGCUCUGGGGUGCCAGCCGGCGAGGCGCCGCACGUGUAUAGGAAGGGGGCCAGGGCGGUGUUCGAGAUGCCGGUCAUCAAGGACAGCAUAGAGUUGACUGAGGAGGAGGCGGCACUGUUUAAGGAGCUGCUGGAUGCAACCAAGCAGGCCGGGCUGGGCACCACGCUGCGGUGCGCGGGGGGGUGGGUGCGGGACAAGCUCAUGGGGCGAACCUCUCAGGACAUUGAUAUUGCCUUGGACAACCUGCUGGGGCGGGAGUUUGCCGACAGGAUCAAUGAGCACCUCAAGGCGCACGGCGAGGAGACUCGCCACGUGGCGGUCAUCAUGUCCAACCCGGAGCAGUCCAAGCAUCUGGAGACGGCACGCAUGAAGGUGCGCGGCCUCUGGAUCGACCUGGUGAACCUGCGGAGCGAGGAGUAUGCACACCACAGCCGCAUACCCACCAUGGCGUUUGGGACCCCUGAGGAGGAUGCCCACCGCCGCGACUUCACCAUCAACUCACUCUUCUACAACAUCAACACAGGCCUGAUCGAGGACUUCACCAGCCAGGGCCUGCCAGACCUGCGGGCGGGCAUCAUCCGCACGCCCAUGUCGCCCAAAGAAACCUUCAUGGAUGACCCGCUGCGCGUGCUGCGUGCCGUGCGCUUUGCGUCCCGCUUCGGUUUUGAGCUGGAGGAGGGGCUGCUGGAGGCGGCUGCAGAUGACGAGGCACUCCCUUUUGGAGUCGGGGUUCACCUCGUUACAGAUCUGUGCUGCGGGUGA